AGUUUGGAGCCUCACUGAGCCUCUGUCACUGCAAUAAACUUCUUGCAAAUAGGUCGCUCUGUCAGUUUACCUAGCCACCCAAGCCAAUCCCUGAAUGUGCCUUAUAAAACUAGAAUCCAAUUUUGCAUGGAUUAAGGAGUGUGUUCCACCCCUUUGUGCUGUCAACAUGCCCAUGCACAUACACAAUGUCAUUAUCACUCAUGAAAGCCAAACAUGACAUUCAUUCUAAGUCAGAGAACUUAGAGUACUCUAAUAUUAGAGCUAGAAAGGAGCCUAGAGAUGAUCUAAAUUGAUAUUGUCCAAUGAGUAUUCCAUAAUGAAGUUCAGAAUAGCCACCUGGGAAAUGUGUUAGAAAUGCAGAUGUCCAGGAUCCCCUCCACCUGAGCAAACUAAAUUCCCCUCAGUGGGUCUAGGUGUCUGCAUUUGAAAGCCACUCUCCCAGUUGGUUUGGUGCACAAUAUUGAUUGAGAGUCUCCUGGCUUGCGUCCAGCUGGUCUACGUGCUACCGAUAUUAGAGGAAGACGGCUGUCCUGCCUGUGUUCAGAGCUCUAGGUAGCAGCACAUCUAGAGAUUGAAAGCCUAAAUCCAGACCUGCUGCUUCCAUGUUCAGUAGCAUCUCACUGCCCUGCAUUUUUACACCUGAUGGGAGGAUUUGAGAGGGGAUGGCCACAUGAUUCAAUGUUCUCCUCAGUUCUAUGGAGCAAAGCAUGGUCUCGGCAAGUAAAAAGCUUUCCCAUUGGUGAGGGAGGUAAAUGUAUGUUCAGCAAACCAUCACACCAAAUGGUAAACAUUAUACUGUGAGCAAAGCACCCCGGGUGUUCAGACCAGGCGUGGGUGGUGAUUAAUCAUUAAUUAGCAGGGCUAGUAAAGCCUGGGAAGUGUUCACUAACAAAAUGGGUGGUUACUAACUAGGCUGGCUGGUUUCUCAAUAUGGUCUGUCUCAUUGUAACAAUAUAGAUAGCUCUUUGUUCACAGACUUUAAUCUACUGCCAAUGUGUUUGUAGCUCAUGUUCCCGUUUAACAAAGAUUCCUGGUCCAAACUGUGCCCACAUUCUCCUAAUGAACCGAGUGUCCAACAAAACAAGGAUCCCCGUGUCCUUAUGCAGUCCAUUGUGUAUCCAUAGAACGCCUCUGUCUGUGAGUGCCCUUAAUGAGGACAGAGGGCACUUGCCGCCCAGACAAAGACAUUUCGCUGUGUGAGAGAGCCGCAGACGGAAGUCUCCUCUGCCUCCGGGACAGGAAGCCAAGCUUUCUUCUCUCAUCAGCCAUGAGGAUUGCUGUCCACCUCUUUUCCGUUCUCUUCUUCAUGAGCCAAGUCCCACCAGCUGUGGGCAGUUUCAAGGAGAUCUGCGAGCGUCCCAAUGGCUCCUGCCAGAACUUCUGCAUCGAAACGGAAAUCCAUGUUGGGCGAUGUCUAAAUGGCCAGUCAUGCUGCUUGCCGAUGGGGCACCACCCACACAUCGACCUCACAACACCCAGUGAGGAGGACUGAGGCAUUUUAGGAGUAUUUUGUUUGGAUGUCUUUUCUUUUCCUCUCUCGUUCUCAAUCUCUCUCUCCUGCUAUCUUUUCUUUCAUGGUGAUCCUGACUGAGUCCUUAAUAAAUGAUAAAGCAAACCCAGCAAA